UUCCAGAAACCAAAGCCAAAGAUCUCUGCAUCCCGCAGACUGUUCUUGAAGACCAAACUGCUGAAGAAGGCCAUGACUAUGCUGGAAAACGACAAGCAAGCCAAAAAAAUCGAACGAGAGAACACCCUCGCUGAGAGAGUCCCGGAGCUCCAGCUGUCCAGCAUGUCUCUGCAGGACCUGCAGAAUAUUUGCAAAGAGCUGCACCGGAAAAUCGAUGUCACUGAUGAAGAGCGGUAUGACAUUAAUUCUAAAGUGACAAAAAACAGUCUGGAGAUACAGGAGCUGUCUCAGAAGAUCUUUGAGUUGAAGGGCAAGAUGAAGAGACCUGCUCUGAAGAGGGUGAGGGUCUCUGCAGACGCCAUGUUGGGAGCUCUGCUGGGCUCUAAGGUCAAAGAGUCCGUGGACUUCAAGGCCAACCUGAAGACUGUGAAGAAGGAGGAGGAAAAGAAAGAGGAAGUGACCGACUGGCGUAAGAACGUGGACGCCAUGUCUGGCAUGGAGGGCAGGAAGAAGCUGUUUAAUGCCGGGCAGUAGAUUUUGUGAGGAAUUUCUGUGUGAAAAUAUUUGCUGCUCAAACUACAGGCGGAACUAGUGAAACUUUUGCUGACUCGAUAAUGAGAAUCAGGUUUUUUCGGAGUGGGUUUUUGGCCCAGUUCCUGUUUCAACUGUGAUGACAAUAGUAAAAGAGUUUAACUGUACGAUAGUCCGUUCAAUGCAUAUCGUUUUUUACAUAAUGAAUGACGUAUUAUGAAAAACAUAUGUAUAUUAUAGAGCAAUAUAAUGCCUUUGUAGUUUUAACUUCCAUAUUAAUGUAUGAACACAAAUCCGCUUUGGCUGUUGAGGUCCCCUGUAGUAAAGUUUCUUGCUUGCUUUUUGGCCUUUGAUUGACACAAACAAUAAUUGAACGGUCAAGAUUCAGAGUAUAUGCUGAUUUGUCUUCAGAUAUAAAUGGUAUUGACAAGAUGAAUGUCGAAUAGAUGCACAUUCCAGCAGCAACUUGUGUUGUGGUUCAACAGGUGUGCAUCCUUCAAAGUGAAAGUGGCAUUUCAUUUAGACAUUACGAUGAGAAGAAGCAGUGUUGUGUUUAAAAUUCUGCCACUGCUCCUAUAAAUCCCAUUACCAUCUGAUGGUAUUGUAGCAUGCUUUUAUCUGCAGUGAAGGAUUUUAUGAUACAGUUUUUACUGUGGUAGACAGCACUGGUGUAUUUAAGACAAAUAACAUAUUGGGACAGUUAAAAAACAGCAUUGCAUGUUUUAUCAUUUAAGGUAUGAAUCUGAAUCUUUGAUUUGUCAGUUAAUUCACUUGAAUAAUAAAAAACGUAUUCUCAA